AUGGCCAUGUUGGCCGACCUUCUCCAUCCCUUGUGCCGCAUGGCUGUCUAUGCCAGCUUCGGCUUUUUCCUUAUUAUUGUCACUGUGGGUUUGUACCGCGUUACUCUUCACCCGCUUGCUCGAGUUCCCGGUCCCAGAUUAGCCCGCUUGUCGAAUAUUUGGUAUGCUCGCCAAAUAACGAAGGGUCGAGCGGUUCAGUUGGGACUAGAGCUGCACAAAAAGUAUGGCGACGUGGUCCGAGUAGGACCCAAUGAAGUGUGGCUCAAUUCGAAAGAGGCGUUUGACCAGAUAUAUUGUGCUGGCAAAGGAUUUGAGAAAUCCGACUUCUACUUAGGCACAGCUCUGAGCAGGCCAUACGUAGACUGGAAGUUGAAUGCGCACUUUCCGGACACACUGGAUCUUUUAUCGGAACGAGACAUGAAGCGGUAUCGUCUUCAGCGACGUUUAAUAGGACGCGUCUAUAGCGCCGCCAACGUGUCAAGGUACGAGGAAGUCAUCGACUCCACGUUGAAGCUAGCAGUGAAGCGAGUCUCUUCGUUUCAAGGACAGGAAAUCGACCUUUGCGAAUGGAUGCAUAUCAUUACGGUGGAAUGUCUCGGCGCUGCCGUUCUCUCAUGGUCUCCUGGCAUGCUCCGCCACGCUACCGACUGGGGAACAUUAACACAUAGCUAUCGGGGCUGGAGAAGGAAAAGCUUGUUUGGUGUCUUCCCAACUGCGAAGAAACUGGAGCGGUGGUCGCCAGACCUGGGGAGGCACUUCUCCUCGCUAUGGGGCGUGACGUACAAAACUCCUCGAGAUUUCAAGACCUUUUUCCCCGCAGUUCUCGGCCCCAACCCACGCAAGGAUAAAAGGGUCGACUUGUUGAGCGACCUGAUCCAGCUGCACAGAGACAAGCCGGAUUUCACCGAGGACUAUUUGAGAAAAAUGGCCGUGACAAACUUUGGAGCCGGCCACGAAACCAUGGCGUCCACUCUGACGGCAGCAGUUGCCAUGAUCGCGUCUCACAGACACGUGCAGACACGCGUCGAGGACGAGCUGCGGACAACCAACGAAGCACUCGCGUACGCAGGCGGCUCCCGACUCCCCUACACCAGAGCGGCUAUCCGUGAAGCAAUGCGGCUUCACCCCGUGGUGGCCAUGUCGCUCGCCCGAAAUACACCUUCACCCGGACUGCACCUUCAUGGAUUCUACCUUCCACCCAACACCACGGUGGGCUGCAGCCCGGUGUCGCUGCACCGCAACGAGGACAUAUACGGCGCCAAGGCGGAUUGCUACAUCCCCAGUCGCUGGCUGGGCGGCGAGGCGGCGACCGGUCCGGGGGACGGCCCUACCGUGGGAACACUGCGCGCGAUGGAAAAGUACAGCUUGAACUGGGGUGGCGGCUCAAGAAGCUGUCCCGGACGGAACCUGGCAGAGUUGAUGGUGUUUAAAGUCGUUGCCACGCUUUUUGCCAACUUUGAUGUCGAGGUGUCGAUCCCAGGCGACGCAGACAAGGAGGCUUAUUUCCUCUCCAUGUUGUCUGGGGUCAAAGUACGGUUUUUCUGCCCGUUAGGUCAGCACUAG